AUGCAAACGCCAAGCCAGCAGAAACAUGUUGCUGUACCAGCAGGACCUAGGCUCCACACUCCUAACCUAAGUUGCAUUACCAAAUUUUGUCAUGAAGCAGACCAAGAUUUCACAGAGCUCGUGCAGAAAGUCCCAGAUGGCUGCCUGUUCACCAUAGUCUCUGACUCUUGCCACAGCGGUGGCCUGCUUGACAAGGCCAAGGAGCAGAUUGGCCACAGCACAAAGCAGAACAAGGCGCAGCAAGGCAAACGGGAAGAGCGGUCUGAUUCCGGCUCGGGCGGCUUCCGGUCGUUCCUCAAACAGACCGUCCGGGACGCGUUCGAGUCCCAAGGAGUCCACCUCCCUCGCCGCGGCGGCCAGCAGAGCAGCUACGACGACGACGACGCUGAGGCCGAGGCGCCGAGCCUGGACUCAGGCACAGACGGGCACGUGAAGAACCGGUCGCUGCCCCUCUCGACAUUCAUCGAGAUGCUCAAGGAGAAGACGGGGAAGGAGGACAUCGAGGUGGGGUCGAUCCGGAUGACGCUGUUCAACGUCUUCGGCGAGGACGCGAGCCCCAAGAUCAAGAAGUUCAUGAAGGUGAUGCUGGAGAAGCUGCAGCAGGGGCAGCACGGCGGCGUGGUGGGCCUGGUGGGCGCGCUGGCACAGGAGCUGCUGAGGGCCAAGCUGCAGGGCAAGCAGGAGGAGCUGAAGCCGGCCAUGGAGCAGGAGGUGCACGGCGUGGAGGAGGUGUACGCCGGGACGGCGGCGAGGGCGCCCCACAACGGCGUCCUCAUCAGCGGGUGCCAGACCGACCAGACCUCGGCGGACGCGACGACCGCCAAGGGCCUGUCCUACGGCGCGCUCAGCAACGCCAUCCAGGCCAUCCUCGCGGAGAAGGACGGCAAGGUGAGCAACAAGGAGCUGGUGCUGAGGGCGCGCGGGCUGCUGUCCAAGCAGGGGUACAAGCAGCAGCCUGGGCUCUACUGCAGCGACAGGCACACCGAGACCCGGACGCCAUGUGUUGCUAAGAUUGGACUGUUUGAUGUUUCAUCUCAGAAUAACAAUCACAUGCUCUCAGACCAAGAUUUCACGGAGCUGGUGCGGAAAGUGCCCGAUGGCUGCCUCUUCACCAUGGAGCAGACCGGCAAGGACGACGUCGGCGUGGGCUCCAUCCGGACGACGCUGUUCCACCACUUCGGCGACGACGCCACGCCCAAGAUCAAGAAGUUCGUCAAGGCCGUGGUGGGCGGCAACGGCAAGCUCCGGCAUGGCGCUGAUCAGGCCGCCACGGUCACGGAGCUGAUCCCGAAGGCCAAGCCGGAGGGCGGGGGUCAGGCCGGCGCGCUCGGGCCAGCCAUGGAGCAGGAGGUGUGGAGCGUCGAGGAGGUGUACGCGGGGGCCACGGCGAAGGUGCCGCCGCCACGCAACGGCGUCCUGAUCAGCGGGUGCCAGACGGACGAGUCCUCGGCGGACCUGACCACGGCCAGCGGCGUGUCCUACGGCGCGCUCAGCAAUGCCAUCCAGGCCGUCCUCGCGGAGGAGAAGCGCGGGAAGAAGGUGACCAACAGGGAGCUCGUGCAGAGAGCGCGCGGGCUGCUGGCCAAGCAGGGCUACGUCCAGCAGCCUGGCCUCUACUGCAGUGAUGAGCACGCUGAUGCUGCCUUCAUUUGCUGA